AUCGAUGUCACAACACCAAACAGUACCACCAAACAAGUCGCACCCAAAGAACGAAACCAAAAACAAAAACAACCUAUAAAGAAAACACCACCACCUAUCGAUGUCACAACACCAAACAGUACUACAAAGCAAGUCACACCAAAAGUACAGAAUCCAAAACAUCGACUUAGAAAGAAGACACCGCCAUUAUCUCAUAAUGACCAUCAGUCAACCAGUACGUGUCUUGAUCAUGAYGAUGAGGACGACGUUAUGGGCAAGAUUCCCGAAGGUCAUAUUCGUACGUGGUCUACUGCUGAUGUAGUCGAGUUUAUUAGCCCAAGGGACUGUAAGAAGUUUGCUGAUGUCUUCCUUGAGCAGGAAGUCGAUGGUAAGGCUCUUAUGCUUCUGUCAUUGGAUGACAUACAUAAAGUCCUUGGUGUGACGCUGGGUCCAGCUAUCAAGCUACACGAUGACGUCCAGAAACUACGCAGAAGAUCAAGAUAGGCUCUAAUAUCAUCUAAUAUUACAACAAACGCCUUGUUUUGGGUCCAACUAUCAAGCUACACGAUGACGUCCAGAAACUAUGCAGAAGAUCAAGAUAGGCUCUAAUAUCCUCUAAUAUUACAACAAACGCCUUGUUUUGGGUCCAGCUAUCAAGCUACACGAUGACAUCCUGACAAACUACGGCAGAAGAUCAAGAUAGACUCUAAUAUCCUCUAAUGCUACAACAAACAGCUUGUUUUAGAAAGGCCAUUUGCCUAGUCAAUUUGAAGAUGUUCAGUGGGAAUAGUCAUAA